AACCAAAUCCCCGUCCACUCCACCAGCUCUGCAAUCCGACAAGAGAUUUGCCAAUUAUUUCUCCUAGAAAAACCGAUCGCAUCAGUCCCCAUCCUCUUCGCCGUGGGGUCGGCAGGCAGGGCAAGGCUAGGCAGCGCCUCUCCGCGUGUGGUCCGUGUGCGAGGGUCCGCUCCUCCUCCCCUCCGUGCACCCGGAGGGCAGCGGCGUCUCUUCUUCCUGGUCGAAUCUCCCCGCGGCUGUGAAUAGGAGGAGGUCGACGACGCCAUAGCAAAAAACAAAUCCUUGGAAUGCUUUCGGAGGGUCGGGGAUUCGUCGCCGGCUGCCUGCACUGAUGCUUGGAGCGCGCGAAUCUGCUCAAGUUUUGAUCUUGGCGUGCUCUUGAGUCUGGAAUCCGGGCAUUCAUUGGGGCUUUGUUCUCAGUUUGCAAGGCUGCAAGGCCGUGCUAGUUUGAACCCAUGGAGACUACUAGCACAACAAAUGAACAGACUGAUAGGGGGGCGAUGUGGGAGUUGGAAAGGAAUCUCGAUCAGCCCAUGGAUGCAGAGGCCGGCAGAUUGAGAAAUAUGUACAGGGAAAAGGUGGAACAUUUGCUCUUUACUCGUUGCUUUGCCGGCAUGCAAAGAUAAACACUAUUCCGAAUCAGCAUAGAACAGAUGAAGAACUAACAACAUACAGCCGCCACACAUAUGAUGAGAAAUCUCUUGCUGCAAAGAUCAAAAGGUGGUUAGAGGGGCACCAAUUCAGAAAGAAUGUCAUUCUUAUUCUUGUUCUUUUUGGUACUUGUAUGGCAGUUGGAGAUGGAAUCCUCACUCCUGCAAUAUCAGUUCUUUCUGCAACUGGAGGAAUACAAGUGGAAGAGAAAAAAAUGAAAAAUGAUGCGGUUGUCAUCGUCUCUGUGGUCAUAUUGAUUGGAUUAUUCAGCAUGCAGCACUUUGGUACUGAUAAAGUCAGUUGGCUUUUUGCGCCGAUAGUAUUUGUUUGGUUCAUACUCAUUGGAGUCCUGGGCGCUGUAAACAUUUCCAAAUAUGACCAAUCUGUUCUCAAGGCUUUUAAUCCUAUCUAUGUAUAUCGGUACUUUAAGCGAGGGAAGACUAGCUGGGCUUCUUUGGGAGGAAUUAUGCUUAGCAUUACAGGAACAGAAGCACUGUUUGCUGAUCUCUCAUAUUUCCCUGUACAAGCUAUUCAGAUUGCUUUCACGGUGGUUGUGUUUCCAUGUCUUCUUUUGCAGUAUACAGGCCAAGCUGCCUAUAUAGCUCAGAACAAAGAUCAUGUCUCCCAUGCCUUCUAUUUUUCCCUUCCAGAUUCUGUACUCUGGCCAUCAUUCAUUGUUGCAACAGCUGCUGCAAUAGUUGCUAGUCAGGCAACUAUAUCGAUGACAUAUUCGAUUAUCAAGCAAGCACUUGCUCUAGGGUGCUUCCCCAGAGUGAGAAUUAUCCAUACUUCCAAGAAGUAUCUAGGCCAGAUAUACAGUCCCGAUAUUAAUUGGAUCCUUCUGGUAUUCUGCAUUGCUGUCACUGCUGGAUUUAAAAACCAAAGCCAGAUAGCAAAUGCAUACGGUACUGCCGUGAUAAUGGUUAUGCUUGUGACAACAUUUCUCAUGAUCCCUAUAAUGCUGUUGGUGUGGCGCAGCCACUGGACCUUGGUCAUCCUGUUCACCGUGCUGUCACUGUUUGUUGAAAUUCCGUACUUCACCGCUGUGGUGCGGAAGAUCGACCAGGGUGGCUGGGUUCCACUUGUGUUUGCUGUUGCCUUCCUCAUCAUCAUGUAUGUAUGGCACUAUGGUACGCUCAAGCGGUAUGAGUUUGAGAUGCACAGCAAGGUGUCCAUGGCAUGGAUCCUAGGCCUUGGUCCAAGCCUCGGUCUGGUCAGGGUGCCUGGUGUGGGCCUGGUGUACACCGAGCUGGCAAGUGGUGUUCCUCACAUCUUCUCACACUUCAUCACCAACCUCCCUGCCAUCCACUCCACCCUGGUCUUUGUGUGUGUGAAAUACCUUCCUGUCUACACUGUGCCACUGGAUGAAAGGUUCCUUGUGAAGCGAAUUGGUCCCAAGAACUUCCACAUGUUUAGAUGCGUGGCGCGGUAUGGCUACAAGGACAUCCACAAGAAGGAUGAUGACUUCGAGCAGAUGCUCUUCGACAGCCUGAUGCUAUUCGUCAGGCUGGAGAGCAUGAUGGAAGAGUACACGGAUUCUGAUGAGUACAGCACCCGUGAGACGAACCUGUCAGGCAGCGCCAACCCAAGAAUCAAUGGCAUCAGCGCCGGUUCAAACAUGGAUCUCAGCUACACAUCCCAUGACUCCAUUAUACAGGUGCAGUCCCCAAAUUAUACGGGGAACAGCCAGGCGGUGUCACCAGGUCAGCUGUACCAUACCGUGGGCGACGAGAUUGCGUUCCUGAACGCGUGCAGGGACGCCGGGGUGGUGCACAUCCUCGGGAACACAGUCAUCAGGGCCCGCAGAGAUUCAGGGUUCAUCAAGAAGAUUGCUAUCAAUUACUUGUAUGCUUUCCUUAGGAAGAUCUGCAGGGAGAACAGCGCCAUCUUCAAUGUUCCCCAUGAGAGCCUACUGAAUGUUGGGCAGGUGUUCUAUGUGUAAGCACUAAAACCAAACACAUGUAGUAGAUGAGAGUUCAGCUUCGGAACCACUGGAGAGAAUCUAGCUGUGUUUUGUUCAUAGGUAAUAGGAGUAUAAUAGUUGAAAGAAUUGUACAGCAAAACAGCAUCUUUAAUGUGACCAUUUGGAGCCUGAUCAGUAGUGGCUAGGGCUGGACGAAAUACUUGUGGCUCGAUAACUCGCUCGACUCGGCUCGUUUUGAUUCUGUAGCGAGCCAAGCUAGCAUUUUAGCUCGGUUCUCUAAUGAGCCAGCUCGGAUUAGCUCGUGAGCUAGCUCACGAGCCAAACGAGCCAAGCCACAACACAAGUUUGUCUAGUCGUAAGUGUCGUCUCAUCUCUUAUAGUCUCGAUUUCUCGUAGUUAUGAUCAGUGAUAUGGACAUGUGUGGAUGCGUCAUAUGCUUACAUGUUUGCAUUAUUGUAUGGCUACAUACCUACAUUGCAUAUUUAAUAUUUGAUCAUUGGUUAUGGUUU